CUGGUUACUUAUGUACGUCCAAGUCAAGAGACUCUGGCAGGGGGAUACCACACGGGGAACGAUCUCGGCUCAACAUACUUCCUUCGACAUCGACAACGUGACCAAUCAUGAUUUUGUAGGCGUUGGCGGAUAUUACAUGAAGGAUGUAGGAUUUUAUCUUCUUCAAUCUUUCACUGGAGCUUUUCUCAUCUUCUAUGGAGUCGGUGGCUACUUGAAAUGGUACUACUACAUCCAACGUCGUGAGGGGGCAGCAGACUGGAAAUGUCAACCGGAUCGGUUUUUACAACCCGAGGAUGACCGGUUAGAAUUUUGGUUGGGAUCGCUGAACAUGGCAAUCGGUUCACUUUUAUCGGGAAUUUUAGUAACCUACAUCAUGAAUGGAGGAGAGACCAAACUGUAUUACAGCAUCAAAGACUAUGGGUGGGUCUACUUUCUCCUCUCCAUUCCAAUCAACUACCUGUACAACGAAGUAUCUAUAUACUACCCCCACCGAAUGAUGCAUCAUCCGAUCUUUUAUCGUCAUCACAAAGUUCAUCAUCGAUUCAAGGCUCCUACCCCCUGGUCAGCUGCUGCCAUGCAUCCAUAUGAAUUCAUAAUCUUCCAGUUUCUCCUCGAGAUACCCAUCUUCCUGGUCCCGUUGCACGCAGGUGUAUUCUUGUUCUGGCUAAUAUACGGAUACUACUACGGCAUCCUUGCACACUCGGGCAUUGACCUCCACUCGAUGUUACCAUGGCAACCAAGUGUCAUCUUCCAUGACGACCAUCACAAGUACUUCCAUUGUAACUUUGGAGUGAAUACGAUGAUAUUUGACAGGCUUCAUGGCACACUCCGUAAAAACGACAGAUUCUACUCAGAAACAACAUUCGGCGGGAAGGGCGCCCCCAUACAAGAUCCUUCAGCAGCCGGAGUCACUGAUAAAGAUUCGUAGUCUCCCCCUCCUUGUUCUCUCUGUCUCCCUUUCUCUCCAUCCUCUCCUUUAAAUGUACAUCCCCCUCGAUACUUCACUUUCUCCCUCUUUCUUUCCUGCUCUCUCUUUCUUUAUCACUCACUUUAUAUAUAUCUCUCGCUUUCUAUAUUGUCACGUCCUCGGUUCCCCUCUUUUCUUCUCAUAGCAAUUUUUGGGCUGCUAUAAGAAAUAAACGUCUUCUAUGUAGGCUAUUGUAUCGAUUAGAUUUGUAAAAGUACUGAAUAUCUGUAUCGCAGUCAAGACACUAGAGUGGACUAAAACUGCAAGA